ACCAUUCUGGUCGCACUGAAUAAUGAAUUCAAUCCUAAAGAGACCAUCACUACUACCACCGAAUUAAAUGCAUGGGGUAUAUGCUUCCCACACAAUUUUUCUCAGCCUGUUAUGAGAUCCGAGGCUUACAAAAGUGUAAGUUUUGAUCGAGUCACAAUGGAUGAACUCUUCAAUGAUCCUGUUAAUUCAUUUCAAAUCCCCAAAUCGGUCGAAAAGUAUUUAAUGGAAAGUCCAAAUUAA